UUCGCGUCGGCGUUCGCCGGUUGACCUUGCUGUCUCAAAACAAAAACAGCGACCCGGGUUACCAUGAGCGCCUCCACCUCACCGCCGAUCCCGCAGCUGCCGAUGCCCCCGAUGCCCGCCACCCCGAGCUCGGGAUUCAGGAUAUCGAAAGACCAGCUGAUCGUCGCCGUGCCGGUGGCGGUGGUGGCGGCUGCGGGGGGCUUCCUACUCAGCCGCUACCUGAGUGGGCGCAGCUGCAAGAAAGGCCAGGUCAACACAUGUAUCAGCAAGGACAGUCCAAAGGUGGUCCACAGCUUCGACAUGGAGGACAUCAAUACCAAGGCGGUGUACUGCCGCUGCUGGAAGUCCAAGAAGUUCCCGUAUUGUGACGGCAGCCACACCAAGCACAACGAGGAAACCGGUGACAACGUUGGACCACUCAUCAUCAAGAAGAAGGACGCCUAAGCCAACCGAUCGGACAAGCUCUGUCCCCUCACUCAGCCCCGCCUCCUUCAGCCUCCAGUUCAUCCGAGCAUCAUCCAACAUCACAAGUCGCCGAUAGUACAAGUGUGACGUCGCCACAAAAAAAAAAAACCCCACCGAAUAUUCCUUCAGUCCUGAUGGUGUGCUCCAACUUCCAAUGCUGCGGUUGGAAUGAGGGAGUCCUCAGAUCUCUAAAAGGGCUGAAAAAUAUUGAGAUUGUGAUUUUUGGUAACACAACACACUUAUUCCCCGACACGUCCGCAGUAUCGAAGGCUUGGGUGCGGACAGGAAGGGGUUUUUGACACCAGUGCAGCGAGCCGCCGGGGUAUCGUGAGCGUGCGUUAGCAUCGCUGGCCUAAUUAGUGCCAAAACGGUGGCCAGUUUGAGGAUACACAUCGGGCCUUUAUCAAUGCAGUAACGGCGCACGCGCUGUACCCUGGUCACUUGCUGCAGAUGCCCCUGCCGUGAUUUCUUAGGUUCGGAAGAGGCGGUUGAGAAACGAGGCCGGCAGCUCUUUCCCUUUAGUCAAGUCCGUUUUCUCAUCUGUGACUGCCAUUUACUUGCAGCACAGGCCUUGAAAGUUAGCUUUUGUGCUCAUCAUCUUAUCUAUACACGGAGCCAACCGUACCCGCACCAACCACUGCCUGGCCGCAGGGUACCUACAUGAUUGUACGUGAUUGUACUCGUAAUGAUUUUUGCACUAAGAGCUGCUCAGUCAAAUCAUAUAAACCAUUGAAAUUAUGUUGGUCUUAAUUGUGAGGCUGAAUAGCGGUAACACACAACAGUGUCUGAGAAGACUUGUGUAUUUAAUCUGUAAGUAAAUGCCUGCCUAUGAAAGAUAUAUUUUGCUUAUUCGUUGUGUUUUUGUGUUCAUCGGAUGCGGUGUGUCUGACUCGAUUGUGAUUCUCUGCUUUGUAUUGUGAAUAAAUGUUGUCUUGAGUGGUCCCGG